UCCGGCUCCGCCUCAGCCACAUCCGGGUUCCCGCAGAGGUUCGGGCAGGCAGCAGACGGAACCUUUCCGUUGUGUGCCUGAUAAACCUGCCCGGCGGGAUGAUUUAGGUCUCCGCGCACUGCUCUCCACGGAUGCUGCAAUUUGCUUGGGGCAGCGAAGCCGGGCGUGAGGGUUCUGUCUGCUGCUUCCUUCAUCGUGAGCAGAGUGGGCAGGAUGGACGUGCUAGCGGAGGAGUUUGGGAACCUGACCCCGGAGCAGCUAGCAGCUCCGAUCCCGACGGUGGAGGAAAAAUGGAGGCUGCUUCCAGCAUUUUUAAAGGUGAAAGGCCUUGUAAAGCAACAUAUAGAUUCAUUUAACUAUUUCAUUAAUGUAGAGAUAAAGAAGAUAAUGAAAGCAAAUGAAAAGGUUACAAGUGAUGCUGACCCCAUGUGGUAUUUAAAAUAUCUUAAUAUCUAUGUUGGGCUUCCUGAUGUUGAAGAAAGCUUUAAUGUCACUAGACCAGUGUCCCCUCAUGAGUGCCGUUUGAGGGACAUGACAUACUCUGCCCCCAUCACGGUGGAUAUUGAAUACACCCGAGGCAGCCAGAGGAUCAUCCGCAACGCCUUACCCAUUGGCAGAAUGCCCAUAAUGCUACGUAGUUCAAACUGUGUUCUUACGGGAAAAACGCCAGCAGAAUUUGCCAAAUUGAAUGAAUGUCCUUUAGAUCCAGGUGGCUAUUUCAUUGUUAAAGGAGUAGAAAAAGUUAUUCUUAUCCAAGAGCAGCUGUCUAAGAACAGGAUCAUUGUGGAAGCUGACCGAAAAGGGGCAGUUGGUGCUUCAGUGACCAGCUCUACUCAUGAGAAAAAAAGCAGAACCAAUAUGGCUGUGAAGCAAGGACGAUUUUAUUUGAGGCAUAAUACACUGUCAGAAGAUAUACCCAUUGUGAUCAUAUUUAAGGCCAUGGGUGUUGAGAGUGACCAGGAAAUUGUGCAGAUGAUUGGAACGGAGGAACACGUGAUGGCUGCAUUUGGGCCCAGUUUGGAAGAGUGCCAGAAAGCUCAGAUUUUCACACAGAUGCAGGCAUUAAAAUAUAUAGGGAACAAAGUGAGAAGGCAAAGGUUGUGGGGAGGUGGACCAAAGAAAACCAAAAUGGAAGAAGCGAGAGAGCUGCUGGCUUCUACCAUUCUGACCCAUGUACCUGUUAAGGAAUUUAACUUCCGAGCCAAAUGUAUCUAUACAGCAGUGAUGGUGCGAAGAGUGAUCCUGGCCCAAGGAGACAAUAAAGUUGAUGACAGAGACUAUUAUGGCAACAAACGAUUGGAAUUAGCAGGACAGCUUUUAUCUCUUCUUUUUGAAGAUUUGUUCAAAAAAUUUAAUUCUGAAAUGAAGAAGAUUGCAGACCAGGUGAUUCCUAAGCAAAGAGCAGCCCAGUUUGAUGUGGUGAAGCACAUGCGUCAAGACCAGAUUACCAAUGGCAUGGUGAAUGCCAUUUCCACUGGAAAUUGGUCUCUAAAGAGAUUUAAAAUGGACCGCCAAGGUGUGACUCAAGUGCUGUCUCGCUUGUCAUAUAUAUCCGCACUGGGCAUGAUGACAAGAAUCUCUUCCCAGUUUGAAAAAACAAGAAAAGUGAGUGGUCCACGAUCCCUCCAGCCAUCUCAGUGGGGGAUGCUCUGUCCUUCGGAUACUCCUGAGGGAGAGGCUUGUGGUUUGGUUAAAAACUUGGCCCUUAUGACACACAUCACCACUGACAUGGAAGAUGGGCCCAUUGUUAAAUUAGCCAGCAACCUGGGAGUAGAAGAUGUGAACUUGUUAUGUGGGGAAGAGCUCUCUUACCCAAAUGUGUUCCUUGUCUUCCUCAAUGGUAACAUCCUGGGUGUCAUUCGAGACCAUAAGAAGCUAGUGAAUACAUUUCGACUGAUGCGAAGAGCAGGUUAUAUCAAUGAAUUUGUUUCCAUCUCAACAAAUCUUACAGAUCGCUGUGUCUAUAUUUCCUCUGAUGGAGGAAGGCUGUGCAGACCCUACAUAAUUGUUAAGAAAGAGAAGCCUGCAGUAACAGCUAAGCAUAUGGAAGAGCUGGCUCAGGGGUACAGAAAUUUUGAAGAUUUCUUACAUGAGAGCCUGGUUGAAUAUUUAGACGUGAAUGAAGAAAAUGACUGUAACAUCGCACUCUACGAACAUACAAUUAACAAAGAUACCACCCAUUUGGAGAUUGAACCAUUCACUCUUCUCGGCGUUUGUGCUGGCCUGAUCCCAUACCCUCAUCAUAACCAGUCCCCCAGAAACACUUACCAGUGUGCCAUGGGGAAACAAGCAAUGGGUACUAUUGGAUACAACCAGCGGAACAGAAUUGACACUCUCAUGUAUCUCCUCGCAUAUCCACAAAAACCCAUGGUUAAGACAAAAACCAUUGAGCUGAUAGAGUUUGAGAAGCUGCCGGCUGGACAGAAUGCAACGGUUGCUGUCAUGAGUUACAGUGGCUAUGAUAUCGAAGAUGCUCUUGUUUUAAACAAGGCCUCCUUGGACAGAGGGUUUGGACGUUGUCUCGUAUAUAAAAAUGCUAAAUGUACAUUGAAACGAUACACUAAUCAGACUUUUGAUAAAGUGAUGGGGCCCAUGUUGGAUGCUGCUACGAGGAAACCCAUCUGGAGACAUGAAAUUUUAGAUGCAGAUGGUAUUUGUUCUCCAGGUGAGAAAGUCGAAAACAAACAAGUACUUGUAAAUAAGUCCAUGCCCACAGUGACCCAGAUUCCUUUGGAAGGAAGUAACAUACCACAGCAACCACAGUACAAAGAUGUGCCCAUAACCUACAAAGGAGCAACAGAUUCAUAUAUUGAAAAAGUGAUGAUAUCCUCAAACGCUGAAGAUGCCUUUCUGAUCAAAAUGCUGCUGAGACAGACUCGGCGUCCUGAGAUUGGAGACAAAUUCAGUAGUCGUCAUGGGCAGAAAGGUGUCUGUGGCUUGAUUGUCCCCCAGGAAGACAUGCCGUUUUGUGAUUCUGGCAUCUGUCCGGACAUCAUCAUGAACCCACACGGCUUCCCAUCGCGUAUGACGGUGGGCAAGUUAAUUGAACUGUUGGCAGGCAAGGCUGGCGUGUUGGAUGGCAAGUUCCACUAUGGCACUGCGUUUGGAGGCAGUAAAGUGAAGGACGUGUGUGAAGACCUGGUUCGCCAUGGUUAUAACUACCUGGGAAAAGACUACGUUACGUCAGGCAUCACAGGCGAGCCCUUGGAAGCAUACAUCUAUUUCGGCCCCGUGUACUAUCAGAAACUGAAACACAUGGUGCUGGACAAGAUGCACGCCCGGGCUCGGGGCCCACGGGCUGUCCUUACCAGGCAGCCAACUGAGGGUCGCUCUCGGGAUGGGGGUCUGCGUCUUGGAGAAAUGGAACGUGACUGUUUAAUUGGUUAUGGAGCCAGUAUGCUUUUGCUGGAAAGACUAAUGAUUUCAAGUGAUGCCUUUGAGGUUGAUGUCUGUGGGCAGUGUGGACUUCUGGGGUAUUCCGGCUGGUGCCAUUACUGCAAAUCAUCGUGCCACGUGUCUUCCCUCCGCAUUCCGUACGCCUGCAAGCUGCUCUUCCAGGAACUGCAGUCUAUGAACAUUAUCCCCAGAUUAAAACUAUCCAAGUACAAUGAAUAAAGGUGGGAAAAGAUAAUUAUUUAAAGGGGAUAAUCAAGAUAUCCAAUUCAAAGUAAACAGAGGACUUGAGGACUACUUCUGCUCCUGUGAAUAAUUUCUUUGCGUGUUCUCUCUCAAGAAGAAUCCGAGGGGGGAGGGACUGUAUACACUAGUAGACUGACUGAAACAUCUGUGAUAAACAAGCCUGGGGUCACAGGAGCGGUACCAGCAACACGGACUCUAAUCCCAUUGGCUUGUUCUUAUACUGGAUUUGAGCCACAAUGGAAAUGACCUAAAAGAUAAAUAAAC